CCAUAAUUCUCAGUGCUAGGUGGAAAUUAGCCCAUUGUGUUUUGGUCUAAGCUAUGAAUACAGCGUUGCCAGAUGCGUUGUUUACCCUCAAAAUUAAGAUGCUUUUAAAAUGACUUUUUUCACGUUUACUUGCUAUGUAUAUAUUGUAUGACAGAACAUAUAAUAUUUACAGACUAUGUUUGGAGUUUGGUAAAUGAACCAACCAGUUUCAUAAAGCAUUGGCAAAUCAUCAAAUUUUCAAAUCAUUAAUGAACCUUUCUUUCAAUGCUUGUCACUUGUAUUUCAAAUCUUGACGAGUGCACACGUUCUUAGAAUGCUUUUUUUCUGUAGAAUGCUGAGGAACUCUAAGGCAUCCACGCAAUUUAAGUUUGUUUUUCUUCAUGAUUAUUGCUUUCUGACUGCAUUCAUUCAACAGCUGGUGUUGUUCAUCCUUUGUCACCACCACAUCUAAGCAUUCACAUCAUCUUACUUGCGGGCCUUUGUAUACAUAUUCUGAAGAUGGGUUCUAUCCUUUUCUUCUCGUCACUCUGCAUUAAUGACUCGCAGCAUUUUUUAUUUAUUUAUUUAUUUUAAUUUUUGCCACCUACCAACUUGCAGUAGUGCAGCUCCAGCUUCUUAUGUUGUCUAGAGAGUUUCAACAUGUGUGGCUUGCACUGUCGGCUAUGGAAUUACUGCUGAAGGAUGACACCGGCCUGCUGGUUUUGUUUUUCUCAGAGCACAGACACCACCCUCCAGAUGAUGAGCUAUGCUAUGGAUAAGUGUGUACAAUGCACAGUGGGAAAAGGCUAGCAUGGUGUCUCCUCUUCACACCUCUGCCCAGAUGUUCUGGCCAGUCUGGCUGGUCCUUUUCUCCUGUUCUAUCAUCACACCAUCUUACAGUGAACUAGUGUUCUCAGUCCAACCAAAAGAUGGUGUUGGUGUUCUGAACAGGCCACUGAUGCUGCACUGUGCAGUGUAUGACACGACCACACAGAUCAGACUACUGUUGAAGUGGGAGAAAGAGAAUGGAGGAUUGGCACCUGGAGUUCAUCAGAUGGCCAAUGGCUCUCUAUUCUUUUCUUUGCUUAAAGAGGAAGACCUAGGAAGAUAUGUAUGCAGUGCUAGGAAGGGAAGCAAACAGAUCAGAAGUGUUGUCACAGUCAGCAAAGCAUGUCUGGAAAAUGUGUUUUUUAGUCCUCAGUCUCAGAGUGUUAUUAAGGGUCAGGACGUAUUUUUCCAGUGUGUGUCAGGAGACAGCUCUCCACCUGCUCACAUUUCAUGGCUGAAGAACAAUAGAGCUUUAAACAGAGGAACUCAGAUACAGGGUCAGUAUGGAGGGGGGAGUCAGAGAAAGACCUCAGGAACCCUGUACCUUACCAACGUCACAGAGGAAGACCAAGGCCAUUAUGUCUGUGUUACCCAUAAUCUUCUACUGAACAAAAGCAAACACAGUGGUACAGCCACCCUAACAGUUGGCAGGCAUACCAUGAGUCUUGAGAUCAUGCAGGGUCCUGUGAAUACCACUGUUGUUGUGGAAACAGCAACAGCCAUGCACUGUAUAGUCCGUGGUUUCCCUACCCCCAAAGUGCAGUGGUUCAAAGAUGACCAAGUGCUAUCCAAUACGUUGAGAUGUGACCUGCUUGAUGAUGGACAACUUCUUGUUUUUGAGAGAGUUUUGCCAGAAGAUGAAGGCUUCUAUUACUGUGAGGCUGACAAUGACAAGGAAAGACUCAGAUCACAGGCAGCCUACCUCCUUCCUGCAGUCAUGGACUGGACCUUUGUCCUCCAACCUGUCAAUAAAACAGUGAAGAAGGGUGAUUCAGUGACUCUGUACUGCAGACCUCCACACAGCAGACCCCCUGCACUAGUCUCUUGGUUUAGAAACAACCAGCUUCUCCAGUCCAGUUCACACAUCUCCAUCCAGCCGACUGGAGACCUGCUCUUUCACAGUGUACAAGAGACUGACAGGGGAUCAUAUUUUUGUCGGGCUUCUAAUUCCUUCCUACAAAGGUCUAUAACCUCUAGAAAUAUCUUCCUGGAAGUUCUAGCUCCUCCAUCCGUGACUAUCUGGCCCCUAGCAGUGAUUUCUGCAGUUGGAGCUGAGGUGGUGAUUCAGUGCCAGGUGUUAGGACACCCUGUUCCCUCUAUUGAAUGGUCAAAACAUGGCCAGUCUGUAAGAACAGGAGGCAAAAUUACCAAGGGGGUGAGGAAUGCAACUCUUUACAUCUCCUCAGUGAGAAUCUAUGAUGAAGGUUUUUACACAUGUGCAGCCACCAAUACUUUAGGACAGGAUGAGAAAACAACUCGCCUACGUAUAGCUGCAAAGCCGGUCAUUGUGUUAUUUGCGGGAUCAGUGAACGUGUCAAAGGGAGCCACUAUCAUUCUCCCAUGCAGAGCUGUUGGUAACCCACCACUGAAGUACAGCUGGCACACAAGUCUUCAGACACCUCUAUCACUUUCACCGCGCAUACUCAUUGAUGGCAAGAGAUUCUGGAAAUCUUUUUUUUACUAAA